GCGGUCCCGCGCGUGCACACAAUAGUCAAGAGGUAAACACGCAGACCAAUGGCGGAGGCUGCCGCCGGCAAGCUCGUCGGCAGGGACAAGAUCACGGACGCCACCGCGGCCCUGUUCGCCGACUCCGUCAAGAUCCCCGAGAGGUUCAUCCGAACCAACGAGGUCCAGGCAGCCGGUGCGGUCGUCGCCGGCGAGGACGAGGCGUCCGAGCUGCCGGUGGUGGACAUGGCGCGCCUCCUUGACCCGGAGCUGUCGGCGCAGGAGACAGCGAAGCUCGGCUCCGCGUGCAGAGAGUGGGGUUUCUUCCAGCUCGUGAACCAUGGGGUCGAGGAAGCGGCGAUGCAGCAGAUCAAGGACAGCGUCGCGCAGUUCUUCAGCUUGCCGCUGGAGGCCAAGAACACGGUGGCGGUCCGAGGAGACGGGUUCGAAGGAUUCGGCCACCACUUCAGCGGAGUUGCCUCCAGUGAUAAGCUGGACUGGGCGGAGUGUCUACUCCUCUUCACGCGGCCAGUCCAGGCCAGGAACAUGGAGUUCUUCUGGCCGACGAACCCACCCACUUUCAGGCGCGCGCUCGACAGGUACUCCGUGGAGAUCGAGAAUCUCGCGAGGCGCCUGCUGAGCUCCAUGGCGGCCGACCUUGGCGUCAGCCAGGAGGCGCUCCUGGGUGCCUUCUUCGGCGCCGGCGAUGGGAAGGGCCAGAGCGUGUCCAUGCACCACUACCCACCGUGCCGGCACCGGGGCACGGUGGUGGGCAUCCCGCCGCACACCGACACCCUGGGCCUGACCCUGCUGCUGCAGGUCGACGACACGCCGGGCCUGCAGGUGAAGAGGGGCGGCCGGUGGUUCCCCGUGCGGCCGCUGCCGGGCGCCCUGGUCGUCAACGUGGGCGACAUCCUCGACGUCCUCACCAACGGCGCCUACGCCAGCGUCGAGCACAGGGUGGUCCCGGACGCCGAGGGGCGCCGGGUCACCGUCGCGAUGUUCCACGAGGCGUGCGUUGAAGGGCGAGUGGCGCCGCUGCCGGAGCUUCUCAGGGGAGGCGAGACGAGGGCACGGUACAGGUCCAUCGGGAAGCUCGAGUACACAAAGGGCUCCAUCGAAGCAGUGGCCCAAGGGAGACGGUUCCUGGACAGCCUGAAGAUGUAGCUUAUGCUUAUUCAAGUUCAGUGUAUCUCCCAUUCCCACAUAAUAAAACAUAUCCUGGUGGGACAAAUCAAACAAGCUUGAAUUCGGAUAGAUUUUUUCCAUAUA